AUGGAGGAAAUACUUAUAGACAUCUUGAAAAGGCUACCUGUGAAGUCACUUAUUCGUUUCAAUUGCGUCUCAAAAUUCUGGAACACGCUAAUUUCUCAACCUUAUUUUAAAAAGACGCAUCUCAAUCAUUCAAACAGUCAACUCAGUUCUCAAAAAUUGCUUUUUGUCCGGUGGGAUCCUAACUGUCAAUUCUGGUCUGGUUCGUUCACCUUAACGGAGGAGGAUAUUCCCAUAUUUGAUUGCACUUCAGAUUCUAAUAUAAAAGAUGGAAUAAAAAUGUAUUCUAGUUGUGAUGGCUUGUUUCUCAUCGGAAUUUGGACAGACAGUUAUGACGAACAACCUUCUAUAUUAGUCCUAUGGAACCCUUCCACUAGACAAUCAAUACGACUUCCCCAUUCUAAAUUUUCACUUCAGAUGGGAGAUCAAUAUGAAAAUGCUGACGAAAAUAUGGGAAAUUACUCUAACAGUAUCAGUGACCACGAUGAUGGAUUGGCUAAUUAUGACUCUAAAAAUCAUGAACAGAUAGAAGAUUACUCUAGUAGUAGUUUCAGUGAUUAUGGUGAUGGUGAUAAGGGAACUACUUAUGGAUUGGCUUUUGACUCUAAAAGUGAAGAUUAUAAAGUCUUCAGGAUUGACAUGUCUGGGAAUAACGACAAUGAAAUUUUCGCACUGAAAAAUGGUUCCUGGAAAAUAAUUGAUCGUAAAACCUCUGGCAGAACAGAUAGUGGUCUGUUGUGUGGUGGAGAACUUCUGCCAUUUGUAGAUGGAGCAUUUCAUUGGCUUGGUUUCUUAUCAGAGGUCUGUGUGGUUUCAUUUAAUAUUUCAGAUGAAAUUUACGGAGAGAUAUCAUUGCCAGAUACAGUAAGCUCCGAGCUCACUCUAUUCAAGUUUGAUAACGUUGAAGUUCAAGUUGAUGUUCAUGUGGGACUAUCAGUAUUGAGAGGAAUGCUUCAUCUUUAUUAUAAAGAUGACAAAGAAUUUAGUUUAUGGGUAAUGCAAAAGUACGGUCUUAAAGAUUCUUGGAUGAAAUUGUUAACUAUUCCGAGGGUUGGUUUUUAUAAAAUCGUACCAACGUAUGCGUUUUCAGAUGAUGAAGUAUUAGUCUGCUUUGAUAAAGAGAAUCGGGUGACACCAGAACAAGUGGAAACAUCAUAUGAAUAUAAGAUAAUAUGUGGUGGCCAAUAUCGAAUGAUUUCUCAAGAUUAUGAUAUUGAUGCAGUUACAGUUGAUCGGGAGGGUUUUGCUUAUACCGAAACUCUUACGGACAUUAAAUUAUAUUAA